UAUUGAUCUCUAUUAAGAACCUGUUUCAAAUUCUAAAUUUGGAAUGAAUUUUAAUAUUUAUUUUUAAUCAAUGAACACAUACGUAAGUUCUGUAAAAAUCAUCUGAUUUAUAGAUUUUAAACAAAGUGUAGACAUCUACAAGCAAAUAUGCCUUGUUUCAAACAAGACCUCAGAAGAGGAACAGAUCGCCAACUAAACGGUCGUUUCAAAGUUUACGCGUCUUUAUUCUCGAUAAUGAUAAUUUUUCUUGUUAUUUUAUCAUGUUUGAGCCUUAUAGGAGUCUCGUCUAAAAGUCAUAAUGAAGAUUCCUUUUCAAAAAGGGACGAAAAUUUGGAAUUAAAACUUGUUCAUGUUUUAUUCCGGCAUGGUUCGAGAACUCCGGCAGAUACUUAUCCUAACGAUCCACAUGUAAAUGAAACUUUCGAUCCUUUUGGAUGGGGCCAGCUAACUAAUGUUGGAAAGCAACAAAUGUUCAAUCUCGGAACUUUUCUACGUAAUCGUUAUGACCGGUUUUUGGACCGACUUCUCAAGCUUGAUGAUGUUCAUGCUCAAUCAACUGAUGUUUCUAGGACAAAGAUGUCCCUUUUACUGGUGUUGGCAGGCUUAUACCCACCACAAAAAACUUCACUGGAAUGGAACAAGAACUUAAAUUGGCAGCCAAUUCCAUUUAGUUAUGAAGAAUUGAAUAAAGAUUCAUUACUUCUCGUUCGAACACCAUGUGCAAGAUAUGCUGAAGAGAUGGAAAGAAUUUUACAUUAUGAAGUUAGAGAUGAAAUUGAUCAAAUUACUCCCUUGAUGAAUGAACUUUCAAAUAUAACCGGAUGGGAAAUAAAGACACCUGAUGAUGUUCAAUCACUUUAUAGUACAUUAAAAGCUGAGAAAGAAUUUGGUUUGAAACUUCCACAAUGGACAGAAAACUUUUUCCCACAGAAGCUACAAUAUGUUACCGAUAGAAGUUAUGUUCUUAAUGCUUUCAACUCUGAACUCAAACGACUUAAAGGCGGAGUUUUUGUAAAGAAAGCAAUUCAAGACUGGAACGAAAAAGCUUUGAAUAAGUUAAAAGAGAAAAUAUUUAUUUAUGCCGGUCAUGAUGCAACAGUUACAAAUAUCUUGUCAGCAUUCAAUGUUUGGGACGAGCAAUUUCCAGAUUAUGGCAUAACUGCUAUUCUUGAAUUAAGUCAACAUAAAGAAACAAAAGAAUUUGGAGUGGAAAUUUUUCUGAGAAAUUCAACUGACUGUGAACCUUAUCAAUUAACCAUACCCGGUUGUGGAAAUUUUUGUUCUUUAAAAAAUCUACAAACGUUGUUAGAAAGCAACAUUCCACAAGAUCACGACUUGGAAUGUAAGGCGGAGAAUGAAGAUUUCACACCACCACCACCUGGAGGGCCGACUCGAAGUUAUGCAAAAUGUACAACAAUCGGACAAAUCACAAUGAAAACAGAAUUAUUGUUAACAAAAUAUUUUAUCGGUAUAAUCAUAAUAAUUGCUGCUUUUCAUAUAAGCAAUGGACACCAACAAAUCAGACUUAGGCGAUUAAAGUUUGCAGUUUAUAAUAUUGAAGAUUGUGCAGAAGAAAUAGGAAUCGAUGAAGAAAAUGCAAAUAAACUUAUAAUGGGUGAUAUGACAAUUGAUAGUGAUGAAGCAAAAUGUUUUCUUAGAUGCUUUUAUAAGAAAGUUGGAUUUUCUUCUCAAGACGAUCAACCAGCACAAAUUAAUUUCAUUGCUCAAUCCCUAAAAGAUUGUGUCACUCUUAAAGACGAAAUUUUAAAAAGAAUAGCAAAGAAAUGCGUGGAACUGGAAAGUGAAAAUGAAUGCGAAAAAGCUUUUGAAUUUCAUCGAUGUCUAUUCAAAGAAGCCUCAAAAUAUAAUGACGAAUUAUAAUCUUCAAUAUCUAUUCAAAUUUUAAGAGAUGCCUGAAGGAAAAAGGUAAAUUUAAUCACGCAAAUAUAUCACCACGUUGCAAAAAAAAUUUGGCAAGUUGAAAAU